AUGGCAAUUAUAGAAUUGAAAACCAAUGCAUUUGUUAUAAAAGCCAAUGUUUUGAACGCUAGUGCUGGAUACCUUAUAGAAGCUCACAUGGAACUUGCACCAGAGGGGACAAGCAUUGGUAUUUGGAUCGUCAAUACAAACAUACUACCGUAUGGGGGAUCUUGUGAGAUUGAAGAUGCAAUCUGGGGGGAAAAGAAAGUAACAACAAAUGGAUGGAAUGACGAAGGGUUCCGAACAUUAACUGAUACCAGUUAUGACUGGAAAGAACAGCUGAAUUAUCGAAUAGUGCAGACGAAUGCAGAAGGAAAAGAGAUCCUCCUAUAUUAUGGUUCAGAGGAAGAGAAUUACAUCAAAGUAAAGCCUGGUAUCGAUGCUGAUGGUUAUAAUGUUACAAUAAAGAUACAGAUCUAUGAUAUCUUUAUCGAUUAUACAGAAUGUACCAAAAAUAUCGGACAGAUUCUACCUGAUUAUACCACAUCAGACCAAACUAGUAUAUCGUCAUUCUUGCAUUCCUCGGUUGAAAGCGUGGAUUAUUACUGGAAAACAGGGAAUGUUAAACAAGUAGCCAUGAAUGCAGAGGUAGCUGGGACACCCGUCACGGAUUUGAAUACAACAACGACAAUAUUUGACACUGAACCUGCACAAUGGGUGAAUAUUGGAGUAGAAAUACUGUCUGAUGGUAGAAAUGUUACAAAAUCAUUUGAUGAACUGAUUAUGGAGAUGUCAUUACACAAAGUGAUAUAAUAGAGCAAUUGACCAACUUUUCCACGAUACUGGCUGAAACAUCUAAUAUAGUUGAUGGAACAUCCACUGUGAAUUUAGAUCAGGUUGCUAACAGUAUUGGUACAAUUAUUGUA